AUGACUACAAAACGUACAAACUGUAAAGUAUCAAUAAAAUGUCAGUUUCAUCGCCCGUCUUCGUCGGACUACGAGUCCGGCGAAGAUAAUGAUAUUAUGACGAUUCGUCGAAUCUUGAUUAAUCGCCUGGGCGGUUUAGAAAUGGAUGGAAUUCAUCAUAAAGACUACGACGAUCUAAAGAUUUUAUUAUUGAAAAUAAACCGCAUUACUCUUUAUUCGAACGUCAAACAUAAUUACACCGACUUGAAAUUAAGUGCCAUUGUUUCAUAA